AUGAGGAUUCAGUCAGCAGAAAAACUCGAGCAGCCUAACUUUCCUCGGGAAGACCAAUUUUAUAUGCAGGCUAAUGUUUACUUACCGGUUGUACGCACUUGGUGUUUGAAUAAGAAUGCAGACGCAAGAGAGAUAGACAUAUUGAGGCGCGGAACAGAACAACGCCAUAUGUUUUUGUUUAUUGCUACGAAGUUGUCUUUACUUGAGAUAAGUAUUCUUACAUCAAUUCAACCCAUUUCUAUUUAG